CCUCUUUAAAAAGACCCAUCCACCUGCACCUUUCCGCCAUCACUUACAUAUACCAGCAACAACGAAGAUCUAACUCUUGAGUAUAGUACUUCAUAUCGGCUCGGCCUGUUGCCCCAGAGCCCCGAGGGUUCUCCUCCUCCUUGACAAAAACCUUCUGCUACAACAACCUACUUUUCGAAUUACCUAUAUACCCACUCUGUCCGUUAUUUGAACAAUGCGCGUGCGAUCCGGCUGUUCCCCAACAACGACCAUACGAACCAACGCCUUCAUCACGGCGGCAACGACCAUUAGCUAGGCCCUUUUGCAACAUAUCCAGCUACAAAUUCAACAUGGCGCCGACUAAGUCACUUGCCGAGCUGUGCAUUGCUAUGUGCCAGAGGCACAUCACAGAACUCAGCAGUGUGGGCAAUGGCGACGUACUCCAAUACCAUCAUGUCCGCGACAUCCUCUUGAGGGUCAUCAACCCGGCUCAGCUCCGAGAGAUCGAGCUCAACUCCCCCUUCAUACAAGGCGAAACCUCCGAGCUCUGGCUGCGCCUUAUCAAGAAGGAAUUCCCAUCCGAAAGCCACGAAAAGAAUUACGCGCCUAAGAAUCCGUCGAAGUGGUACAAGAUAUACGAGCGAUAUGCGGAGGAACGCCGCGAGGCUCAGCAACAGGCUGAGGCCGAACUUCUUGCCAGAGUUCAGGGGCUUCGGCAGAAGAAGGACAAUAACGUUAGCAGGAUCGUAGACCCCAAGUUGGCCAGGUUCUUACCCAAACCGCCUAAGACUGGUCGCACUUUUUCGACACAGCCUCGAGGGAAAAAAGAGCUCCCGAGUACCCUAAGCUGGGCCGCCGGGAGCAGAAUGAAGACGACAACGGGCGCUAGUGUCAUGAAGAAAGCCCGCAGAGAGGCCAAGGAGAUCAAGGGCAUAAGAAGCACCAUGGCUGUCCCAACUGGCAUGAUCAGGGCUCCUCGACUGAAACAAGCCCCGCCUUCGAUGGCUGCUGAGCACCGAAUCUCGAGCCAACCAAUCUUCCGGCCUACAUCUACAAGCAGCCGGCCACCCACGCACUCUACAUAUGCCACUCCACAGUCCAAGGCUACGUAUGUAUCCGACUCGUCGGAUGGCGAGGAUGGCGAGGAUGGCGAUUUGUUCAGCGAUGAGGGAACGCCCAAGAAGAACAAGGGUCCAGCAUCUUCAUCUCGCCACAGUCGGGAUACGACAGCUCCCUCUAGGCCUACAAACCCUUCCCAAUCCUCAUCAUUCAGGGACCGCAAUUCUUCCACGUCCGCCAGAUCCACCUCUGGCUUCAAACAAUCUCCUUCUAGCUCACAACCAUCGGGUUUGCGACGUGGUGGUGGUAUUCUCGGAAAUGCCCCUCGGCCCAAGAGCAACAUCAGGGUUGAGCGCCCACCAUCCAAACCCGAGCCAACCUCUGCGAGUAUGGACCAGUCCCGUGCGCACAAAGUGCUCGCUCAGAAUAACGGCCCACAAUCUCCUCCUUUGCCAACAUCGUUGGAUGAAGCGCAACAAGCUCGACCAAUUCUGGGCAACCAGGAGCUGCCCAGAAAGAGAAAGGCUGUCGACAUUUUUAUGCCUAAGAAGAGGCCAAUCAGGCGCUGAAAGACAGUGUCAUCUGGCAUGGCUGGAAUGAGGAAUUGUGAGUAUUGUGACAUAUGAGGUAGUCGGGCGUUGGUAAAGGAACAGGUUACAUAGCAUUGGAAUUCAGGCGUUGGGUAGGAUAUGGUAUAUACCCUUAUGGUUCGUGUGGUGAUCCUGCCGAUCACGACGGAAUUAAAUUGAACU